AUGACCUACGUCGGAGAGGACUGGAAAACGUGCAGGAGGUUACUCAGUAAGUUUUACGCUUUUUAAAGAACAGGUUUAGGGGUAAGAUAACUUUUAAGAACGUUUUUCAAAAGCUUUUUAUCAAUGUUAACUGUUAAAGUUUCAGUUGAAGAAGUUUAUGGAAAAAAUGUAAAUAACAAACAGUUCUCAAUAGGGAUGAAUAAAGUGCAUUCUAAGGUAUGUUUUUAAACUGGUUUGUUAAUUUUUUGAGUUUAGGAAGUUUACCAAGUCAAGGAAUUUAACAAAGAGGAACUGGAACAACGAACGUGCUUCGACUUUGUUCAAGCAGUUCAGGUAAUAUAUUGGCCUAAUACUAAUUUUUAGGCAUGUAUAUAGUUUUUGGUGUUUUGAAAGAGUAAAGAAGUUUAGUUUUGUAUUAAUUAAUUUAACUUAUAUAGUUAUUUUAGGGUCAAUCAACUGUAACUUUUAAAUGUCAACAUGGUCAAGAUGAAGAAACGGGAGAGGCUACGUAUCAGUGGGAAUUGAAGCAUAGUUACAAGAAUUCAAUAAAAGAACAUCUACUUGUUGCUUUGAAUGUUGUUAACAUGUUCACUGAGCUUCAUAAAUGUGUUUAUGGUAAGGCCUUUGCUUUUUUCUUGAAUUUUAGGUUAUAUGUUGAGCUAGAACGAAAAGAUAUGAAAAUAGGUCAUUGGAUCGAACUAAGUUUGGUCUUGUUCGAUCGGUGUUGUUCAAUUUUUUGUGUGGGUUUGCAAAUUGGGACAGUUUUGGUAUCAAACAAUGGCAAAACGUAUUUUAGGCGAAUGAAUAGCAUAAAUUUUGAUUUUUUCGUAUAAAGCAAUUAAAAUUAACUAUAAUUGUAAAAUACGAAUAGUUUUUCUUCCUUAAAUUAAAAAUUGUUUUAGACUUACAAAAGAACACAGAUUUGGCUGGAAAGUUUGUGUUAUCAUUUGUUGAACACGUUGAUUGCUUCUUGAGGUCAGGAAUCCGAAGGCAUUUGGCUUUAUUUACAAAUAACGGGCAACAUUAUAGUAUAAAUGUGCUAAUUAGAAUGUGUCAGGAAUUUGAAGUGCCAUUGAAGAUGUUGUUGAGCUUGAUACAAGAGGUUAUUGAUGUAAGUUGUGUUUGUUACUUAAAAGCGUUGAAACUGUUUUUAGCUUUUACUGACGUUAUUUUAAACUUUCUUAUGGUUUUUACUUGAUAAAAAUAUGUUAUACUAAUCCAUAUAUCUUCAGGGCAAUUAUAUUGGAGGCCAAUUCUACGAUUUAUUACUAUCGAAACAUGAAACUCUAAUUGGAUCAGCCAAUUUCUAUGAUGAAAUUGUACAAAAUUCGUUUAACGAUUGUGAGAAUCUGAUGAAUGAUUUCCUAUACGACUGGAUUCAUGACAGCAAGGUAGAUUCGGAUGCUUUCUACGAGUUUUUUAUCUGGGACAUGUGUAGAAGGAGUUUAAAGAAGGAGAAUAUUGUGUUAGACGCUGAGAAUCCGUGAGUAUUUUUAGAUUUUGAUUGAACUUAUUCUAAAUUUUGAAUUUUUAGGUAUCAAAAUCUAUUUUUAAAAACUGUGUCUUAAGUUUGUUUUGUUGUUUGUAAAAAUAUAAUAGCAUUCACAUUCAAGUGAACUUUAUUAUUGUUUUAGGCCCUACCUAUCAUCAGUGAACAUCCAAGAACUCGGCCACAAUUCCACGUCGUCUGAAGUAUUCUCUAGACGAUUCGCAGUAGUAGAAAGCUUAUGUCCAGAGAAAUACAAGUCUAUGUUGAAGAAGAUCAUAGCUAUUGGAAAGUACAAGUACUACAAGGAGUUGUAUUAUAAUGGUAGGGUGUUAUAUUAAUAAAUUUGGAAAUGAAAAACAUAUAUAUUUAGGUAUAAAAAUGUAAUUUUUGUGUUAUUUUAGUGAGUGACAAGGAAGUUCGAAAAGAAAAUACAAAUAUAGUGGAACUGGUCGAAGAUACAUACGUUAACGAAGGUUUGUCAUUGCUAAAAUUGGCCAAUCAACGAUUUAAAUUAUGGGAUUUGGUGGAGUAAGUUGGCAAUUACUUUUUCAGUAAUAAUGAAGCUUGCUCAUGAGUCUAGGCUCCUAAAGAAGGAUAAGGUUUGGGUAAGGUAAAGAAAAGGUCGCUUAAAGCUUGGACAGGAUAGAAUAAGGCUAAGAAGAGCUGGGUUAAGGCUGGUAUAAGCCUUGGAUAAGGCUUGCAUAAGGCUAGUAUAAGCAACGGUAAUUCAUGGAUAAGCUAGAGAAAGGCCUGGAUAAGCCUUGCAUAAGGCUAGGAUGAGCUACUUUAAGGCUUGGGUAAGCUAAUUGUAAGGUAAGGUAAGGAAAAGCAAGGGAAAACCUGACAGGAUAUGGGAAAGAGUAAGUUGGACUGUUUGCGCUCAGCGGUGACUAAAUAAGACGAAUUUUUCUUAUUUUAAAAAGAUUUGAAAAGCGUAUUUUACAUUCUUAAGCAUACUACUAGUUUACUUUCAGAGUCCUACCAUCGUAUUUCUGGGGCGUAAACAACAACUGGAUAGACGAGUUCAUAAAACUCACGGAAAACGAGGAAACCCUCCAAUGUAUGACAAUACCAACAGGAAAACUUGGCCAGAGUGACCUGAAAGCCAUAUUCAAAGAAGCCAUAUUCAGUUCGGGGCACAACAAUGACUUCCUCAAAAACUUCUCACUAAUUAUCCCAGUACAUUCUGUUCAUGACUUUUGGCAUCCCCCUUCGAAUGAUGUACAACAACAAAGAAUUGUGGAGAUGGAGCUGGAUUACCAUACCCAUAAAGACUUUGGCAUGGUUUUCCCAGCACCAGUCAUUGAGAUAUACAGAGGACUGUUCAGGUUAUCACAUGCUAUUAAACGAUGCAUUUUUGUGUUAGUGAGGUGAGGUUUUUGAGCGACUUUUGGUGGUGAAGGGGGGGGUACUGUUUUUUGAAAAAAUAUUUUUUACAGGAGGAGAAGGGGGGGGGGCGGUUUUUUUUGAAAAAGUGUUGGGAGGGGUUAAAAAUUGUCGUUUCUUGUCUUCAAUUGCCAGGCUUUGAUGUAUGGGUAACAAAGAGUCAAUACUAACUACUGUAGUUUUAAAAAUGUUUUGACUUAAGUAAUGAUACGAUUUACUGAGUAUAUUACUUUAAAAAAUCAAAGUCGCUUGCUUUGAAAGGCUCCUUUAUAUUUGAACAACGUAAUAAUACCUAAAAAGUUAGUAAAAUUAUAGAUUUAGUAAAAACCUAUAAAAAUCUUUUUUUUCAGGAAAAAGUUGUCCUACCACUGGAACAGUCGCCCAGCCCCGUUACUAAAGUCAAACAAGAGCAGAUUCCCGAUUUGUGAAGACAGAACAGCAUCAGCCUUCAAAGAACGAAUUAAUGCGAAUCAAGAUCAAUUGACCUUACUAGUGUUUGUCAUCAAGUUUCUGGAGAACUUUUAUGACUACGUAUUUGAACAUGUUGUCAAAAGAGAGACUGAUGAACUGGUCAGGAGGAUACGAAAGGUAAGGGGGUUUUAUGGUCUUGUCUUCCAUUCCAUCUUAGGGCGGGGCCUAUUUGGCUCUGUUUCAGGUCUAGUUUGGCCUCAGAUUGAUUCCUGAAAAACAUCUUUUUUAAAUUUUUUUUGUUAUUUUUGAUUAGAAUCAUCUGUUUGGCGCUAUAUACAAGCCUGAUAUCAUUCAUAGUGUACUAAUUUAAACUACGAAUUAUUAACAAUACCUGUAAUAUUAACCUUAAUCUUUUAUACCUUCAGAUCAAGCACAUUCACGACUUUGCCAAAUGCCAACAGAAAUACGUGGACCGAAUGAGGUUAGACUCAUGUACGAACGAUGGCAAUCGAACUGUAAUCCAGAAGAUUUGGUAUUUCAUUGGCCAUGCCAAUGCCUUCGCUCGCAAUGAAGUUGAAUUUGAAAAAGCGGUAGAAUCAAUGCUCAAAACUUUGAAAAGUUUAAAGAAAUGGAUUAUAAAACGAGAGGAGAAGGACGAAAAGCUGAGGGACUUGGGGAAUUGGUACGGUUAUGAAUUUUUAAUACUUGACUUUAGGUUUUGUUGGCUAAAAAUCAAAUUUUGUUGAUUAUAUUAUAGUACAUUUUUGAAUUGUUUUUCAAACAUUAGUUAGUACUUUAGAUUUGGCUAGAGCUGAAUCUAGGUCCAAGGCUAGAGUUAAAUCUAAAUCUAGUACCAAGGCUGCGGACGAGUCUAGGUCUAGAGCUGAAUCUAGGGCAAAGGCAAGAGCUAGGGCUAGAGUUGAACCUAGGACUGGAGCUAUUUUUAGAUCUGAAUUUAAAAUCCAGGGCUAGAGCUGAAUCUAAAGCUAGGACUAGGAAUAAGUCUAGAGCUAGAACCUAAAGCCAGAGCUAGAGCUGAAUCUAGCGCUGGAGCUUAACUUGAGGCUAGAGCUAAACCCAGGGUCAGGGCUAGGGCUAAAAAUUGUAUACCUUAUGAUCUAAAGGAAGUUUUUGUCGUUUUUAACGUUCAAAGCUUUUCUGACUUAACGACAAGGCUAUUUGUGACUUUUAUAUUAUCAUAUUUUGAAUUUCAUAGUAUGAAAUCUUUAAUAUUGGCAUAAGAAAAGGCUUUAAAGUAACCAAAAACCUUUCUAAAAUCCAGAAAAAUUUAAAAAUAACGUAAAACUCAAUUUAUUUUAGGUUGUUUGGAGAAAACCGACACAUACACACCGGCCAAGACCCUCUAAACGACCUGAUCAACAAUUUGAGCACCGAAAACAUCAGCUCAUUAUCAACCACAUAUCAAUCGGACAAACACAAGGUCGAGUUGAAGAUGCGUCAAGUCCUAAUCGACGUUAAACAGGACGUGUGA